CCAGCCAGGGGUGAAUCGGGCUGGUAUCGGGGUCGAGGCCAAGGUUGGCCCUAGGAACGGCCGACCGUGCCCCACGUCCAGGCGAGGCAACGACAGACAAGCACCAGGCGUGGGCUCGGUGGGUCCGUGCUCGUUGCCUCUUCGUCAAUCAUGGAGGAACCACGAGUGAUGGUCGCAUCGCCAACGACCUCGGACGCAGUCGGGGCCGGUUCCACAAGCGACGCGGGGUACUUCACCCCGCCACCUUCCGUCGGUCAGGGCACGACAAGAAAAAAAUCGGCAGCAACUAGCGGCUCUCGAUCUUACGCCGACCACGAUGGGAGCAGUGGUGAUGAUGGCAGCGUCGGCAGCGGCUUCAGAAAACGAAGAAGUCGGCGGAGACCAACUCUGGCAUCAGCCUUGGACUCGAGAGCCGACGGAGACUGCUCGCAGUCGGCUGAGGUUGGUGAAACACCGGUGGAGGUUGGCUCGAAGCGCGGAGGCGGUCGUUGGAAAUGGACCAGCACCGCCGCAUUACCUGCCCCUGGAAAGUUCUCUCGUGCUAAGGGCGGCGGAGGCUGUGAUGGCGAAGCGAACCCGUCACCUCUUUCGAAACACAUGCAACAGCCGGCGGCAGUAGCAGAGCCAGAAACAUUGACUCAGGACAGCGGCAAAAGUAACAGAAGAAAACCCGACGGCCCCAAUAGCACGGGCAGUGGCGAGGGCAGCACAACGGUGUUAGAUUCUACCCUAGGGGGGCCAGUGGCGACGACAACGGCGGUGGCAUCUUUAACAACCUCCGCGAAAAUGACGCCUCGGAGCUGGAAGAUUCUCGCAACGAGGACUUCGACCGCCUCCACUAGUGCGGCGUCCAUAGCUUCCGCCGAGCCGGGACCGUCCUCCUCGGACCCGACCGCAGCCGGUAGCAGCGGCGGCAGUGGUGAUGGAAGCAGUGGCCGGACAGACCGGGCUAUCGCACAAAAGGAGCAAGAAUCGCGUCGGCCGUUUGUUCAACCGGUGGCAGCGGCAACUACGACCGCUGGGAGGGGGGCCCGGCCCUCUUCCGUAAAACAGACCGCGGUGGAGGCGGCAGCAGCAGCAGCAGCAGGGGCAGGCAGAACCGGCGUACACGUGGGCUAUCAGAAGAUGAGGAUUUCGUCGGGGGGUGGAAACAGCGCCACCACAUGUGCUGCCGAAGCUGAUGCUGACGAGGCCCUCUCCCGUCCCCCCCCCGCUCCCGGCACAACGACCCCGCGGUACCGGGGAACCAUCCCCAACUCCGCCGUGGGCGGCACAUGCGAGAGAUCUAAGCGUGAUGGACAUGGACCACGAAGCCCGAUGCCCCCCCCCUCCCCGGGCGGUAGCAGCGACGGGGCUACGGCGCCGCCACUCUCCGAAGAGGGAGGGGUCACGCCUCGGCAGUCGCAGGCGACAGCGACGACGCCUUCGGGGAAUGGUGCCAACGGUGACAACGGCGUGGUCGACGUGCACCUCGCUGAAGGAGAAUUGAAGGCUAGAGGCUGCAAGCACCUGGACUCUGCCGGUUGGGGGUCUUCCGAAAUCGACACCCGUCACAGCAGCAGCAGCAGCACCCUAAGUAUCGCCACUGAAAAAAUCGUGACAAGGGCGGGAGAAGAAAAACCAGAGGAGCAGAGCGGCCGAACGAGCGACGGCUUCGACUCCGGUUUCGAAGCCACCGCGGUGGCCGUGAAGAGCGACGGAGGCAUGGCGGAGCGGGAGAUCAUCGCCGCCGCAGAAGCAGCCGUGACAUCGGCCAAGAAGGCUGCCGCCGGUACGGGAGAUCGGGUGACGGCACCGGGUAUCCCCCCUGAGUUUCCCGUUGAUACGGCGGAGCUCUUGUCCGACGCAGCGGCGACGACCCCCGGGACAAAAGACAAGGCGGAUACUAGAGGGGUCGACAGGACCGGGAAGGUUCAACUUGAGGGGACUGUGGUUGUGACGGGAGGUACACGGCGCCAAUGCGUCGAGAAGGAGAACCUUCGGGUCUCGGGGGAGGACGGAGGGUCGGUCUCACGGACUGUACGGGACAACAACUGGUGGAGGCAGAACGCGGCCAAAGCCCUCGCCAUCUCCGCCGAAAUGAAGAAGACCCCGGGGAGAAGCCGCAGCCGCAACGGCACCCCUGCGAGGAGCCGCAGCCGCGGCGGGACCCCCGUCCACAGCCGAGGCGCGACCACGAGGAGGGGUGGCGUGACCCCCCGCGACGGGAGGGGCACGCCUUCGUCUCGCAGCGGCAGUGUCAUUGGAAGGGCCAAGGGCUGGAACAGUGGUGGUGGUGGCUCGCGUUCCCGCGAGGAUGCGGGGGCUUGGUACACCGAAGACGGGGCCGAAAGCGGCGUGGCGGGCGUCGGAGCAGACGGACCUGCAAGCAUCAGCGCGCAGGGCGUGGUGAUCCCGAUGGACGAUAUCGCCUCAACCGAAGUGUCGCCGACGUUUUCGACGAUCUCCAGCCGAGAGCAGGCGGAACGGGAUAGGGAACGCCUCGCCGCGAUGAACGGUCGUGGUGACGGUGGAUACCGGCGCUCCUCCUGGGGAGUGGCUCUGCCCCUCAGCGGCACCGACGACACACCUAGGGAGCACCGCGGGGCCCACGGUGUCAGGGAGAGCGGGACGGGGCGCCGAAGCCGGGAGAGCUCGGGCUGGGGAUUAACCUCUGAUGAUGAUGGGGACUGGGAGCAGCAGCGCAGAUGGAGGUCAUCGCUUGCUUCUUCCGCAAGCGGUGUUUGGUCGGAUGACGGCGUUCAUGACGACGAUCAUGAUGGUAGCGGUGGCAGCAGCGCCUGCACGUCCAUGUACUCCGACGAAGAGGAGGACGGCGAUCUUUCGUCCUCUCGGUUUUCCAUAUCCACCGGAUACGAGUCCUCGGCGAGAGGGAAAGGCAGCCAACCAAGGCAGCCAGGCACCCCGACCGGAGAGGAUCAAAGUCAGCACGACGGCGAUGCUGGCGGACGUGAUCGUGCUUCCGACACAUAUGCUCCACCAUCGCCUGCUUGGCCGUUGCAGCACCCGCCAGUCGGGCAAACGCCGGAUGCGGUGUUGAGUGAGCUCGAAAUAUCGGCGGUCACGAAAAAAGCCUACUACGAGAUCCAGGCCGCCGCCGAAGAAGUCGAGAGCAGCACGCCUUCAACCGGAAGCGACGUGUCGAGUCGACAGGCGAAGAACCUGCCGAGGGCGACCAUGGGCCGCAUGCCGUCGGAGACUCGCGCUCUCCUCAGCAGGUUUGUGUUGCUGUUGCGACUGUGUUGCAAUUACUCUCUGCCCAGCCGAGGUGGAAGGAAGUCCGUCGCCCCCACCGUCUUGAAUGGAGCCCUCCUCCCCCGCGGUCCGAAUACCGGUUCGUUUCAGGUCAAGUCGACUCCAUCGAUGCCCCCAAGGAUCCAGACGUCGGUUAGCGAGGGCACAAUCCUCCAAUCCAAGGCGGGAGGCUACGGGUCAAAGCCGCAGCAUGCCUCUGUCGAGGAGGCUGUUGCGAUGGUGUUUGCUUGGUCUCUGUUGUCACGCGACGGCGGCCGCACCACGACCGCCCAGAGCCAGCAGGCGCGCCCGGCGGGAGCGACGCCGGACAUGAGGCACGGCGGGCGAGGGUGGCGCAGGGGGGACAGCCAGUACUUCUUCUCUUCUCGAGGGUCGUCAGCUCUGGGGAUGUCGCCGGCAGGCAUGAUCGAGCAUCACUAUGAGAGGCACAGGAACCCCAGCCCGGCUGAGAUGCACCGCCACGGCAGCAACGCUAGCGGCUCUAGGAGAAGCGGAAGAAGCAGGACGGCAACGCGACAGGAGCACAAGCAGCGUCGAGACAGAAGCGCGACCAGCAGUGGGCGGCGGAGUGGAAGUGCUCUGGAUCGGAGGGUACGGCAAGCGCUCUCGACACCACCGACGCCCCAAGAACGCCGGCAGCAGCAGCAGCGGGAGCAACGGCGGCGGCGCCAGGCCAGUACGCGCGAGUUUGCUUCCAGCGAGCAGCAGAACCGAGCCCCUCCCGCUAUCCCCCCCCUACCGAAGGUGCUGUUCCGUCCACCUACCGCCGCCACGGGCAAUGGACAACAACGGCGCCGGCCACAAAAACGGGACCAGCAACAACCGCAGGAACGGCAAGGGUCGGCUACGAGGGACAUCGCUUUCGUUGUCGCCCCCGGCGGAAAGGAAGACGGCCACGUCGGUAACGGCGGCCGAGUCAGCAGAGGGAAGUCGUGGUCGUUCGCAGGGACUCCAACGAGCACGGUGUUCUCACCCACUUCCGCGGUGGCCAACCCCUUCAUUUCAACAAGGUACACCCAGCAUUCUGCCUAUUCGUUUUAUAGCAACAGCAACAGCCCAACCAGCACCAGGAGCGUCGACAACCGAGAAGAAACAAAAACUGCCGAGACGAAAGCCACACUCGCGAGUACCUCUGGCGGUGGCGACGGCGGUGGUCUCAGUUGUAGCGAUGGAGGUGUAGGGAAAAUUACUUACCCUCUUCCCCGUACCACAAGUGUAACGGACAAGACCGACGACGAAGGAGGUCGAAGGUUGGACGCAGACGACGGUGCCCAGGGCAGGGUCAUCGCCUCCGCCUCCCAGGGCGCCCGAAAACAAGGUCGCGCCGACAUCGAUCGGCGCGCCGCCCGCGUCACAGCUACUGCUAGAGCUACGGAAGGGCUUGCCUCGGACAUGGGGGGAAGCCGUAGAAGCAUCGGCAGCGGCCGCCGCCCGAUCUACCGCACCAUGAGCCUGCGCGGGCGGUCUAUCUUCUCCGUGAGCGGGGGGAACGCUGGCACGGCGGAGCGCCGGGCUGUCUCCAUGUCUUCCUUCCGCAGGAGGGGAGAGUCGCUGCGCGAAGACGGCGAGUACUACCGCUCCUACUCCUGGCGCGGGGGAGGGCGAGGCGUGGCGAACCGCGUGUGCUCGGUGCUGUCCGCGAGGUGGCUCUUCUCCAGAAAUUGGAACAAGAAGGACAGGGAGGAGAAGAGGAAAGAUCAGAGCAGAGGGGGGGAUAGCAGUAGCAACGUAUCCCGACCGAGCACCUACACCAGCGGAGGAGUAAUCGGCGUCGUCGACGGCGGAGAAUUACCCAGCAGCGAGGACGGCAGCGAUGAUGACGACGACGACGAUGACGACGUUGUCGAUGUCACGAGUUUGAUGGAUAUCCCCAUGGGCGGAGCAGAAGGACGGGCCGGGAAAACGCGCACACUAGGCGGAAGUGGUGGUGGCCCUCGUGGUGAAGGUACCAGCCGUCCUGCCGCUGGCGAGGGAGGGAGUGCGACAGCGGGCGGCGUCAGCGUCGGACCGGGGACAACGGCGGCCAGCGGAAGGAAGCGGAUUAGUUUCCCUCUCUCCACUUUCCUGGGAUUCAGCCGCAGCGCUCAAAGAUCGAUGAGCAGCUACUCAUUUGUUCAGCACGACCCGGCUAGCCGGGCUGGUGGAGUUGGAGGCGGAGGUGGCGACGGUGUUGGGGGUGUUCGUGCCUCCCAGUCGACAACUGCGGCGGAGGAAGACCCGGGACUUGCCGUUGAUGCGGGCAGGGGGACACUAAUGGCGACAUCUGUUGACUUCGCCGGCGGCGGCGAUGGAAAGGCGAACGGCAGCCCCAAGACCAAUCGAGCAGCACCACGUGGCAACGGUGGCGACGGUGACGUGCAAUACGUAAACUUCAAUGGCCACUGCGGUCGGGCCGGCGGCGUUGUUGCCCUCAGGAGGGGGGACGGCGUUGCGGCAGUGGAGAUAGAGGGCGACAGAUCGGUGGCCUCGACAGGAUAUUCCUCGUCCUUGAAGCCUUUGCAAGCAGAACAGGACGGAGAAGAAGCGAAGCGGAAAAUGGACGCCUUACUUUUGAGGAGCCGCGUGCAUACGCAUGUGAAUCCCGUGGUACCGGCGGCAGCCGGCGCAAGUGGAGAGGGAGAGGGAAGAGGAGGAGGAAACGGAGGAGGAAGCGGAGCAGUAGAAGGAGCGGAAUAACAAUUCAUGACGGGAAUCAUCUCUGGGAUCAGCGGCCGCUGUCGGUUGGCUGGUUCUGCAGUGCGCGUGAUCGCCACGGGACCACGUAAUUGGGAAUGAAGAGGGAAUGUCGUACAAGUCGUGUGUGUGCAGGUAAAAUUAUGGCGUCCGUUAUUAAUCAGGUACACGUGCUGCGACUACCAGGUUAGAUGGCGGCGCGCCACGGAGACCCUCAAGUUCGUUUUGCAUUUCCGGGGGGUAUGGACAAUCAAGGAGCGUGAACUUACAAAUCUUUUCGUGUUCUCGGGUUCAAAAAGUGGUCCACUAGGGUGCACCAGCCCAACCAAGUUUCUCGCUGUUAAUGGAGUUAUUCUAGGGUUUCCCCCCGG